UGAUUUUUCAAAGAGGUCGUCUUUCAAAAGAAGGUGUGAAAAAAAAAUGAAUUUUCAUAAUGACAGGCGUUUAAAGCAUUUAUGAACAAAAUUAGGGAAGAAAAAGCAUGUUUUUAAACGUAGUAUUAAUGCAAGUUUAUCGUACUAGUCAUAAUAAUAAGUCAUAAGUAAAGUCAUUCCCAAUUCCCUCACCCUCCCCCAAGGCUUUUCCUAAUUUUAUCCUGAGUCAGCUCUUAAAAGAGACAGGAUAGAUAGCAAAAAGGGAGAUGCCAAAGUCUAGUAGCAUCUCCUCGAGCACUCCCUCCAAAGGCAUUGCAGCCAUUGUUGGGGUAGGCCUUAAACUGGGAAAAUCCAUAGCCCGCAAGUUUGCUCAUGAAGGCUACACAGUUGCUAUCCUCUCCCGAGAUUUAGGGAGUUUAUCGAAGAUUGCAGAAGAGAUAGCAAGGGAAGAAAAAGCUCAAGUGUUUGCAAUAAGAAUUGACUGCUCGGAUACACGAAGCAUAAGAGAAGCUUUUGAAGGAGUUCUGUCACUUGGGUUUGUGGAAGUAUUGGUAUAUAAUGCUGCGUAUCAACCCCUUCCUUUGCAUCCAACCAAUUUCACAGAAAUUCCGGUCAAUUCUUUCGAGAAAUCACUCGCUGUUUCAUCUGUUGGUGCCUUCCACUGUGCUCAGCAGGUUCUACCAGGUAUGGUAGAGAGAGGGAGAGGGACAAUACUGUUUACAGGCUGUUCAGCUUCACUUGGUGGCAUGUCUGGCUUCUCUGAAUUGUGUUGUGGGAAGUUUGCGUUAAGAGGACUAUCACAAUGUCUGGCAAGAGAGUUUCAGUCACAGGGAAUACAUGUUGCUCAUGUUAUUAUUGAUGGUCUGGUUGGAGCACCCAGGAUGCCAAGUAUAUUGCAAAGAACAACUACUGGGGAGCAGCCAAGUGGAGUAGGAGGAAGAGCAGCAGACGGAUUGAUGGACCCUGAUUCACUAGCACAGACUUACUGGCACUUGCAUCUGCAAGAUCGCUCAGCUUGGACGCAAGAGAUCGACCUUCGUCCCUCCACCACUUUUAGGUUUUUCUAGUUCCAAAUCCACUCCGCAACUAGCGUGUGUGAUUGUCUAUUCUUUAUAUCCUACAGCCUUAUUCUUAUUGGUGAGUAAAGGUUGAUGAUUCAUCAAGCAGCAAAAAUAGAAUAUGACUGUUUGUUUUGGUUUUACCAUUCAGUAACCAUGGAAUUCAAAGCAUAGUUUGGCAUUGUGUUGAUUGGAGGAAGCAGAAAAAAAAAUAGUAUUGAUCUUAGAUCUGCACAACACCAAAUCUUGAGUUGAAACCAUGGUGACGAGAAUGGAAGGGUGAUGUUGUAGCGAUUGAUUUUGAUUUUCAAAUUGUGUGUAUAUGAGUUGCUCUCUUCUGAGAAAUUUGUGAACUGUUCACGACUUCAUGCACAUAAUUGCAGUUUAGACAGUUCUCCACGCUUUUAUAUUAUUGAUUAUUGAUUAAAGAGUAAUUUCAUA